GUACAUUUUGCUGGCGGGACGGCCGCUGUGAGGCGGCGGUCAGUAGGCCAGGAGGGCAGUAGUGAGGAUGCAGUGUGUAUGUGUUGGGGAAACUGGCUGCGAGUCGGAAUGGACUGUGAUUUCCGGCAGAUGAAGUCCCCGCAGAAACGCCACACGUGAAGCAGAGUCCGUUGGCUGUGUAAUAUUUCAGCUAUCGAGUAGUGUCGUAGCGAAUGAAAGGUAGUAAGAGCGUGUAUGUCCACGUACGGUGCCCGGCUGGGAAGGGGAGCGGGAAUGGGGCUCACUGGGAAACUAAAGGGGUAUGGCAGAGGAGAUGACAGGAAGUGACGGCAAGCGGCUGAGCAUUAGGUGCGUGCAGUCUUGUUGCAGGGGAGGGGAUAAUUCUUGGGCUUAUGGGCAAAGUGCGCGUCAUGUUGGUCAAGUUAGGAUUGAGGAGGUAGCAUGGGAGCGGCAGCAACCCAGAGCUGUCUGCGGAGCUUAGGGCGUGUUCACAUGUGCGCGAAUCGGGGUGAAUCGGGGUGGAUUGGCAGUCGGAUUGGCGCCAAUCCGACCUGAAUCCCAAUCGGGGUCUGGGGGGGCCGAUUCGAGUGCAAAUAAAUCUUGAUGUCUGUCGGUCUGGAACGGUUAGAAGGGACGACGGACAAGGAAUCCGUGGGUUGGUUUACUUUCCUUCGGAUUCGUUGUGAACGCGAUUUGGGAAUCACUUGCGAAGCUAACUAUGAAUCCUAACACGAAUCCUGUUACAUGUGAACACACCCUUAAAGCCGGUAUGUUUGCUAGUGGCCUGGGAGUAACAUGACAUGAAGCGGCCAUGGAGGGCGUUGAGCGCGGUCGUUUAGAUGUCACAUAUACGCCCUGAUUUCUUGCAUGUUCUAGGAAUCAUCCGGGCUUGUAAAGCAUAGCAUGUCCUUCCGCUGUAAUAAAGUGUUUGGAAUCCCAGUCCACGAUUAGCGCCGAUUGGCAUGCCGUUUGCGUAGAGAGAUACACGUAUACCUCAAACGCCCAAUAGGUUGCCCCUCAGCAAGCACGGCAGGCACCAGCGCACCACUCAAUUUGACCGCAGGUUAAACCGCUAACCGUCAUGCACAGUCACGAUGCAAGCGGUCACUGGUACGCCGCAAGGCACACACGGGCCAUCCAUAUGCGCAGUUUGUAGCUGACUUAACGUUCUGUCCCAAAGCCUGCUGUAUAGGCUUAUCCCCCUGCGAAGCUACGAAGUCGGACUCAGCGGCUUGCAAGACACAACACGCAUUUCCCAAUAAUAACGACUUAUACAUUAUCGACAGUGACUGAAUGUUGUGCUUCUAGCUUCUCAAUUUCUGGCCAUGGGUGCCACUGUCAAGCUUGCUCUUGCAGCUUUAUGUUUCGUGUACAGUGCCCUAGCGGGGCCACUUGGCGAAGUCUUUAAAUCCAGCGAGUUACCGUUCAACGACACAGCCAAAUUAUCGAGGCAUUUGCAGCUCGUCACGAACUCUUCAAGCGAAUUGUUGCGAAAGCACACGGAGAGCAGCAGCAAGCCGAGCGCCGAGGAGCUUAGCCGUCUUAUUGCAAGUCGGGACAAAAACUUCACAAAUGUUCUGGUAUCUUCGGCGCGGCUUGCCUCUGGAGUCAACCGACAGGUCGCCGAUGGGGACCCCAUCGCACCAAUCCUAACAAGGAGAGCGCUCCUCGCAUACAUAAUUGACCGUUGGAUCAGCCUUGGUUCAAAACCCCUAAGCAAAGGAGCUGAUCAGGCGUUAGCGUCGAUUGUCAAGGAGCUGUACGGCAGCCACCUCUCCUCCCUGCUCCGUAAGCGUGUAGUGGAGUACCUCCACAUCAGCAAGAGCGGCGGGACCAGCUUCAGCUAUGCAGCAAGGUACAACAGGUGUUCCAUGCCGGGCGGUAUCGGGCAACCGCAAGACCUGGGGGACGUGCCGCGCUGGAUCAACCGCACCGCAUUCGGGCAGGUGGCAAAUGGAGCGCGCGUCACGUGGUCAAUGUACGGCAGGGUGCAGCGCGAGGGCAAGGCCACCAGCUGCGAGGAGCGGCUGUCGUACAUCGACUCCCGGCGCUACCAGUACGUGAGCAACGAGUACACACUGCACGGCGGGGAGGCGGACAUGGCGCGGACGCAUGUGUGCGACAACGUCAUCAACAUCGUGACGUUGAGGGACCCCGAGAAGCGGCUUCACUCGCACCUGCACUACAUGCUGGCCCACGUGAAGCGGGCGGUGCAGCGGCCGCGCUUCUCGCGCGGUGCUGACCUGUUCCACACCACCUUCUGCACCAGCAACCGCAGCGUGUGGGAGGCGGUGGUGCCGGCAAUCAUGGACAACUACAUGGUCCGUUCCUUUCUGGGCGAGCGCGGAUUCCACACGCCCAUCUGGGGUGUGGGUCCGACCCACGUGGCGGUUGCCGUACGGCUGCUGCUGCAGUUCGAUCUGGUUCUGGAUCUGGAUGCGGGGGACGAGGCGGCGGACCUGGUGAUGCAGCAGGGGCUGGGCUGGGGGAAGACACUGUCGACGGUCCACGCCCGCUCGCUGGACAAGGUGUCCACUAACCACAACUACAGCUCGGAGGAGUGCGCCAACGAGCAGCUGCUGCGGGCGGUGCUGCCGCGGCAGGAGCCGGACAGGCAGCUGUACAGGGUGGGCCAGACGGUGAGCUUCCUGGACCGCCUGUUGCUGGCGCUGGCGGGGCGGCUGGGGCUGCAGCCGCUGCAGCCGCCUGCUGCCGCUGGGGGUGGGGCCGGGGCGGCUAGGGUGGCGGCUAGGAUUGCUAGGAGCGAGGAGGGAGCUGAAGAGGAGGAGGAGGAGGAGAAAGGCGUGCCUUGCGGGUUGUUGACGAUAGCGAGGGAGAUGCACGGGGCUGCGCGCGGAGGGAAGGCGACAUGGGAGGAGACUGGAGGGGAGGAGGAAGAGGAGACUGGAGGGGAGGAGGAGGAGGAAGAGGAGGAGGAGGAAGAGGAGGAGGAGGGCGGGCGGAGGAUGGCAAGGAGGCGUAGGGCAGCAGUAUAGCAGAGGGGGAGGAGGGGGAGAGAAGGGUGCUGUAGCUGGUGGCGUGGUUCGGUUGCUUUGCUGCCGGUACGCUGCAGUCCUGCGACAUCACGACAGAGGGCCUAAGGAAACCCCCAGGUGGAAUAUGCUUUAAACGUGCAUUCUAGGAGGAAAAUAUCUUUUUUAAAAGUAUCUGAUAUUGGGGCUUUUGAGGUGGCACCGCGCUUUCAGUCGCUUUCAGCGAUGAAGAGCAUCUGGUAAAUCGGAGGAGGGGUGUACUGCAGCCCUCCGGAUCCUUGGUGUUGACGUCAAAACCAACAACAAUGGCGCGCGAACAUUGCAAGUAUUACCUGACAAUGUUACCAUUUGCGUGAUUUUACAUUUAUUGUGGACGCCUGUGCUUACUUCGUUGAUUUGUGUUUUUAUUUCGCGUCUUCCCCACGAUUAUUCCCGGGCACUCCCGGGCGUGGUACGGCAUGCCAUUCACGAGCCAUGGGCCGAGCCACCAAAACGCUGCAAUUGCAUAUUAUGAAAGGGCUUGCCGGCAUGCAUAAUUAGUGCGUGCCAAGAGGUUUUGCGAGAGCUCUUGAAGGAGGUGAGGCGGAAGCGAUGCCAGAUAAGAAACGAAGAUGGCUAUGGUUGUGUAUUGUUGCGGUAUGGGGUAAGCGCCCAUGGCCCGUUGCGGCCUGUCAUUCAUAGUGUACGUGACGGUCGUGCAAGGCGGAAUGGGACAUGUAACCAGAGGAGAC